AUGUUGCGCAUGCACAACAGUAUAGAAAUGGGAUUCAUUCAAACAGAAUCAAUCCGAAUGAUAUUUUAAACUUUAGCAUCUUAUAAUUUUCUGACAUGGCCGUGUCGCCGUUUUUGAUCACCAUAGUCUGAUGUGAAUCCUCCAGGUGAAAUACUAACGCAUUUGAUAUACCACUAUGAACACGUAACUCGAAAUAUAAAGUUUCGUCCUCUUGUCUUUUUGCCGUUUCUCACGGUCGUAAUAAAUACACCAAAGAUAAUGACUUGCGCCACCCUUCCGUCAUGUUAACAAGAGUAGAGUAACCAUGUUACCAUGGCUACGUCAACACCAUGUACUUUACUAGCUAGAUAACAACUGAAAAGAAAAUAAUCUCUUUGACAAUUAGCAGACUAGCUAUCGCGACUAAGUACAGGAGUCUGAUAUAGCCUAUAUGUCAAUCUUUACUAAAGUCCUGAAACUUUACUAAAGUCCUUGUUAGCUUGCUAUCUAAGUUAGCUAGGUGUAUGUUAUUCAGCUAACUCUACGUAGGCGAGAGUAAAAACCGACAAUGGAUUUUGGCAACAAACUAGAACUUCAAUUGACGACGGACGAAAUAAAUCGUUUUAGUAAAGCUCUUAAGGAUGAGAAGUUCCGUGAGAUGCUACACGAAUAUGCUGAGGAGAUAUCAAAUCCAGAGAACAGGAAGAAAUACGAAGAGGAAAUCACGCAGCUUGAACAAGAGAGAGGCAAUAACGUGCAGUUUAUCCAUCCCAAGCCCCACCAUGUCCUGAAGACGAGCAUUGACGGUAAGGAAAAGUGCUUUAUCAACAUCUGUUCGAACGAAAUGAUUAAUAAGCCUACGUGUAAUGCUGGAAGGAGCGAAGAUGGCAGGGUGGGUCAGCAGUGGUCAUUACCAUACAGUCUGUCACCUGGAAGACCCGAUAGAGACGUCAAAGGAAACAAGUGCAUGAUUUAUGACGUUGUUUUCCAUCCAGAGACACUCUACAUAGCAGUAAAGAACGCAAGAUUCAUGAAGCUUGUCAACAGCACUGCCACCCAAGGAAUAGAAGAUGCGUUUAAAGUUAAAUUGGACAGAAUGAAUGUAAAAGUAUUAAAAGGCCAAUACAAAGGGGUGCCUCAUCCAGCUGUGAUACGAAAGCCACUUCCUCGUCACCCUGGAAAGGAAAAGGCUGCACCAGAUGAAUUUUUCUCCUCUUUUUACCAUGACAAAUCAGACAUUGUACCAAACAAAAACCCCAUCCCCCUACCUAUUACUCCCACCCAGGGUGGUCAAGGUCCUGUGAGACACAGAUUUUCAUUGCCCGAACAGCCCACAAAACCAAACUACACUAUAAAAUACAGAUCAGUGGUUGAUCUACAGGACUAUCGAUGUUCCAGAGACUCUGCUCCAAGUCCACGCCCCAAGGAGAUUGUCAUCACUAUAGAUCUGCCCCUCCUCAAAUCUGCAGGUGAUGCUGAUCUUAACGUAAGCGAAAGAAAUCUUGUCCUGCAGUCUCAAAAACCGGCCUACAGACUAGAACUCCAAUUAUCCUAUCCUGUAGAUGGGGAUAAAGGAGACGCCAAAUUCAACAAGGCUAAAAAACAGCUUAUAAUCACUCUGCCUGUGCUGCCCACAAAGGAUCCUGUUGUCAUUCAUGCAAAGGCAAACCAGCCUGUAAGUAAUGAUGAAGAAAAAGAUGAGAGGGAGUGUGACAAAGGUGAAAUGGUGGUAAAUGAAUCAGGAGAAUUGGCCUUGACCAUAGAUGAAGAAAGUAAGACAAAGCUAUCAGUCUGCAGUUGUGAUGCACAGUGUCUUAGAAACAGACCUGUGCAAAAUGAAAAAACUGCACUUCAGUUCUCUCUUGAUAGUUGUGAAGUGAACCAUUUGGAAUCUAACUGUGUUCCAUCACAGUCAGCCAGAGUAGCAGACACACCACUCUCAGUUAAAGGAAAUAAUGAGACACCCAAAUUAAAAUGGAAUGCCAAGGAGCAAGAAAAUUUCUGCACACCUGAGAUGCUCUCUCAGCCUGAUUUUAAGGAAAAGACAAACAAUAGCAAUCCAAGAGAGGAGAAAUAUCACUCAGACAUUGAAACUACAGAAUGUUUGGAAAUGGCAGUUGUCCCUGUAUUUGAAAGUGGUAAACAUUCCAAACACUGUCAUGUUACACAAGAUAAAAUCACAGAAAACUCACAGCUGGAGUUCAUUGUAGCCCAGACUCAAAUAAUCCAGGAUGUGUCACAAUUAGAAAUUCCAAAUGGUCCUACUAACUCAUCCCAACACCUGAUCAGAAAGUCAGUGAUGGAUCUUUCAGUGGUCUACGAGGAGCCAUCCAAAAUUAUUUCCACACUAGAUGAAGAUAGUAAGAGUACUGUGAGCUUGCCUGAAGAGAUUGGAAUGCUGCCUGAAGAGCAUGCAAUGAACAGUUCUCCUGAACACCCCAGUCCUACUAUUGAACAUAAGAACAAUGAAAAUGCAUCUCUUGUAGAAGAAAUUGAGGUGCCAUUAAUGGAACAAGUGAACAAUCUUUUUUUGGAAAAGAAACAAAUUGAUAGCAAUAUAAAUACCCCUGCCAUUCUACAAGAGACAAACCCUGAAGAUGGCAGUGAGGUUAAUAUUAGCGAUCAUGUUACCUCCUCUGUCCUUUCGUUCCAGAACUCUCUGUGGUUUGAAUUGGAUUAAUAUGGUUUUCAUUCUGUAAUUUAAUUGUAACUAAUAUUUCAAAAAUCCCACCAAUGUUCAACCAAUGUUAUCUAAUCAUAUAGUUCUUAGACAUUUAAUUACUUAUUCCAAAAUCCAUGAAGUGUUUUAUAAGAGCAUCAUAAGAAAUAAAAAAAUAUGUAUCAACAUCUCCAUACCAUGCCCAGUUUGGUAUUAAGAUCUUAAACUUUAAAAAUAUUUUCAUAUAGAAGUCUGUUUUCAACCUAAAUCAAAGUGAUAUUUUUGUACUUAAUGUUACAAACCAAAUAUUUCAUAACAUUAGGCUGAGCAUAGGGUUAAGAUUU